GCCGGGGCAGCCCGGGACUGGGGUCCUUGUGACAUGAGGUCCUAUUUAGUCUGGGUCAAGCUCAGUACCGCUUCAGGAGGGAAACUUCAGGGGCUUUGUCCCGAGACAAAGAGCAGUCGCCGCAGCGGAGCCCGGAUUGUCAGGGGGUGAAGCCACUGCAGCUUUUCUGGAAACUUACCAAAGGUUGUAGUAUUGCCGCCUGCCUCAUCAGUUGAUGUAUAUUCAAGUUGAAACACUGGCUCCAUAGUGGGAAAUAAAACGGAAUUAGUGAAGCGCCUCAAGCUGCAUCAUUUUACUGGAUUGGACUUGUUUAACAGCGCAUUACGGGACCACCUGAUUUCUCCUCGCAGAGGAACCCAAACUAUGUCUGGCAUAGCCCUGAGCAGACUCGCACAGGAGAGGAAAGCUUGGAGAAAAGACCAUCCUUUUGGUUUUGUGGCUGUACCAACAAAAAAUCCAGAUGGAACGAUGAAUUUGAUGAACUGGGAAUGUGCUAUUCCAGGCAAGAAAGGGACCCCUUGGGAAGGAGGAUUAUUUAAACUACGAAUGCUUUUUAAGGAUGAUUAUCCCUCCUCGCCUCCAAAAUGUAAAUUUGAGCCUCCCUUAUUCCAUCCAAAUGUAUAUCCUUCAGGCACAGUGUGUCUGUCUAUCUUAGAAGAAGAUAAGGACUGGAGGCCAGCAAUCACAAUUAAACAGAUCUUGUUAGGAAUACAAGAACUUCUAAAUGAACCAAAUAUACAAGAUCCAGCUCAAGCAGAGGCAUACACAAUUUACUGCCAAAACAGAGUUGAAUACGAAAAAAGAGUCAGAGCACAAGCCAAGAAGUUUGCGCCAUCAUAAGCUUCAGUCAUGCGGCAUCUUACAAUAAAAAAGAAGAAAAAAAAACACAAAAAAAAACAAAAUAAAAAAAAAAAGAGGAAGGGAUUGGUUAGGCAAGAACUUGUUUACAAAAACAAAAUUUUUUUGCAAAAUUUGAAUGAUGCUAACUAUAAAUAAGUCACUUAGGGGAGGGGGUUAUAUGUGUGCCAUUUUCCAUUUUCGCCACUUGUAUAAAUCUCUAAAUUUGCUGAAUAUCCCCCACCCAGUUUUUUCAUACAGGGUCUCUUCCUUCAGUCUUUUUGUAUUUUGAUUGUUAUGAUGUAAAACUUGCUUUUAUUUUAAUAUUGAUGUCCGUAUUUCAACUGCUGUAAAAUUAUAAACUUUUAUACUUCUAUAAAUCCACUAGUAAUCUAUAGUUUUUUGUUUUUAUUUUAUUUUUUUUUAUUUUUUUUUUUUCAUUUUUUUUUUGUUUUUUGUUUUUUGCUAUCCGAUGCAGGCAUGCUUUAAACAAAUGUUUAGAAUUAUAUCUAGCCUAUAGCUGGCUGUACUUAAAACCAAUGUCCAUAAUUUCCACCCCCUCCCCUCCCCUAAAUUUCCUUCUAGGUCUUUCAGAAACUAGGUUGUAUGUCAACCUAGAGCCUGAGAUUCGGUCAGUCAGCGUCUUGCUUCUGCAUCACUUCCUUUUUGUGUUUAUAUGGCGUUCUGUCCGUGUUGCUGUUUAGAUUAAAUAAACUGUUUAUAUAAAGGUUUUUUUUGUUUCUUUUAUCUUUUUCAUGAAAAGGACCAUACAAGUGGAUAUCUUUUUGGCUUGUAAAACUGACUUUUGACACUUUCUGUGUAUUCUGUAUAAACAAAACAAACUAUAUAUUUGACUGUAAAUUUUCUUGGAACAUGGCAAGGAUACCCAGAUAAUAGCCUGGCAUCUUGAUGUAAUUGGCUGACGUACUGUAUGUAUUGUAAUCUCAAAAUGCAGACUUAAAUAAACAGCAGUAAACCAAAAACCUGGUAAGUAUAAUGAUCUUUGUUGGAGAUCUGGCAAUCUCAUGAACACUGUACCACUAUACUGAUGCAAAUAAAACAAGAAAAUUGGAACUGGAUUUGAUUUUGGUAAACAAA